GUUGUUUUAUACCCCAUCACCAUGAAGUCUUUGUUACUGUUACCCGUUUUGUUCAUUUUUAGUGAAAGUGUUAAACUUCCUUCAAAUUUCAUAAAAUGUAACCGGAAAGAUCCAGACUGGAAAAAAUGUGUGUUUGAAGCUGCCGUUCACGCCACUCCACAAUUUACUAGACCAUUUAAAGAAUUAAACAUUCCAAGCAUAGAACCCCUCCUGGUACCAGAAGUGACCAUAAGUGCUGGGUCUAACGCUUUUCGGUUGACCCAAAAUUACAAAAACUGCAUGAUUUAUGGACUAACUAAAGUGGAGGCAUCAGCUUUUGGAUUUGACUUUGAUAAGAAAACUAUACACCUUGAAGGAAUCUUUCCUGAACUGCGAUUAAUCGGAACCUACACAUUUGAUGGUAAAAUUCUUUUGUUGCCUGUCGUGGGUGAAGGACCUGGAGAAGUAACUUUCAAAAAUGUGAAAUCCAAUAUGACUCUAUUCUAUGAGGAAUACAAGAAAAAAGAAAAAACUCACAUUAAGGUGGUUUCCGCGACUCUGAAGUUGACUCCAAGUUUAAUUCAUUUUAAAUAUGAAAAUCUCUUUAACGGGGAUAAAAGACUGGGGGAUAAUAUAAAUCAGGUUAUGAAUGAGAAUUGGGAGGCGCUGUAUGAAGAUAUCGAGGAGAGCUUUAACCAAGUCGUAAUAAAGAUUUUUACGAGUUUAGUUAACAGUGUGUUUUCGAAGCUUUCAAUAGAAGAAGCUUUCGAUUAGUGAUCUGUGAAAUUUGUGUAACUAGGAAAAGAGACUUAUUUUUGUUUAAAACAACGGUUAGAAUGAAAAUGAAGUCCAUUUAGAAUAUGUUAGGUUAG